GCAAGAAACGCGCCAAAGGAACUAAAUUACGUUUGUCACAUGUAAUCUCGCGAGAUUUGGCAGGGUUGCUGCGUGAUUUGCUAUUUCGGUCAAAGAACAAGAUGGAGGCUGGGUUUAAAUAACGAAAACAUUCGGAAUCAUGCUUCGCAUAUUUGGAAGUAGGCUGGUCCCUGGCACAUACUACAGGGGCUCAUUAGACUCCCUUUUGAGUUCUACAGCAGUAAAAACUUUAACAGCAAAUCAGAAAUGUCUCCAUGUAGCCACAAACCUUGAAUCUCAACCUGCAAAAUGGAAGAAAAUUUACUUAUUAAGAAAACUUCAGAAUAAUGAUCUUCUCCAUAUCCGAUGUCUUUCCAAACUCCCUACUAUAAAGAUUGUCAACCCUCUUAAGAAUUCUAGAGCUACUGAGUACCUUGCUACCAAUGAAUCUUCUGCAAAGUAUGACAAAAAACUUGAAUUUGACAACAAACUCCUAUAUUCAGCAUUUCCAGUCAAGCAAAAGAUUUCAAAAUCAACAGUUGUGUAUUUAUUAACACUAGGGUCAAUUUUAGCUGUUACUCUCAUAUAUGCGGAUGGAGAUGACAAACAUGUAGUUAAAGCUGAAGCCCCUCCUGAGGUAACUGAUAAGAACAGUUCAUCUGAGGAGAGUGAUGGUGAAGAAGAAGAUAAGAAGAAAAAAAAGAAGAAAGUUGGUUUCCGAGAAAGAAAGAUUGUCGAAUAUGAAAACAGAAUUCGAGCAUAUUCUACUCCAGACAAAAUAUUCCGUUAUUUUGCCACCUUGAAAGUACUUAAUUCCGAGACAAGUGAAUAUGAAAUUUGUAUGACACCUGCUGAUUUUGUACGCUCCAUAACUCCAGGAGUGAAACAACCUGAUGGUCUUGGUUUAGAUCAGUUCCGUAAAUUUGAUCCAAAGGAUGUAUCUGCAGAACUUGUGGAAGGGCUCGAGCAUGAGGAUUAUCCGGAACUAGAACUUGGUGAACACAGUAUAUUUUAUAAACUUGGACAAAGUGGACUAAUCUCCUUCUCUGAUUACAUCCUGUUGCUGACUGUACUAUCAACACCUCAACGAAAUUUUGAAAUUGCUUUCCAAAUGUUUGAUUUAAACGGUGAUGGUAACGUUGAUGCUGAAGAAUUUGAAAAGGUUCAGCAAAUCGUAAUGAAUCAAACUAGUAUGGGGAUGCGACACAGGGACAGAUCAACAACCGGGAAUGUCAACAAAGGGGUCAGCUCUGCUUUGUCGACCUUCUUCUUUGGUCCAGAUGCUAAGAAGAAGUUAACUGUUGAAAACUUCCUUGACUUCCAGCUACAGCUACAGCGAGAAAUCUUGCAAAUUGAGUUUGAACGGUUUGUUACUGAACCAGGACCCAAUGCUACAAUUAAAGAAAAAGAAUUUGGUGCCAUUUUGUUAGCUUAUGCUGGGCUUCCUGAUAACAAGAAGGUUCGAAUGUUAAAACGAGUCAAGAAAAGUUAUAAAGACCACUCCAAGGGUAUUACCUUAAAUGAAUACAUUGAUUUUUGGAAGUUUCUGAAAAGCAUCAAUGAUGUUGAUACAGCUCUAAGCUUCUAUCACCUUGCCGGUGUUUCAAUUGACAAAGAAACCUUGAAACAUGUUGCCAAGACAGUGGCUAAUGUCCAACUAACAGAUCAUCUUGUGGAUUUGGUUUUCACUAUAUUUGAUGAAAACAAUGAUGGUCAACUCAGCAACAAAGAAUUUGUGCACGUUAUGAAGCAACGAGUAAUGCGAGGGUUAGAGAAACCAAAAGACACAGGUUUCGUAAAAUUGAUAAACGCAAUGAUCAAAUGUGCAAUUUAUCAAACUACAAGCAUGUUUGAUUAGUCUUUUUACACUUUACAACAUUUAAUGCUAAUUUUGUUUUUCAGCUAAAACUUUUACAUUAAGUUUAUCUUAUUUCACCUUACAGUCCUAAAAACAUCACUAACAACUGCAUAUGUUCCUGCAUUUACUUUGUAAAUAACUUUAAGUUGAAAUAUGUUGAUUUGUUUAAAUAAAAACUUUUUACAAACAAGGAAA